AUGGUGCAAAUUCCUCACCUCGUCGCCACCAAGGCGUCGAAACAACUUGUCGUAAGGGGCAAGCCCUUUCUCAUGCGGGCGGCUGAGCUGCAAAACUCGUCCAUGACGAGCGCCGAGUACAUGGACACUGUGUGGCAGAAGUUGGCCGAUAUGAACAUCAACACCGUCUUGGGUUGUGUCACUUGGGAAAUGAUUGAGCCAGUCGAAGGGACUUUUGACUUUGAAGAGCUGGACAAGGUGAUUUUGGGUGCCAGGAAGCACGGGCUACACCUAGUUCUGCUGUGGUUUGGCUCGUUCAAGAAUGGUUGGGUCAAGACCAACCCAAAACGCUUCCCUCGAGCAAAACUACGAAAGGCUGGCGGCGUUCUCCAAACAGGGGACGUGCUGUCGAUUUUCCACAAAGAAGCCCCUGAGGCCGACGGAAAGGCCUUUCAGAAGUUAAUGGCGCACAUUAAGGAGAUUGACGAGGCUCAUUCCACUGUUUUGAUGGUUCAAGUCGAGAAUGAAACGGGUCUUUUGGGAGACUCCCGAGAUGGCUCUGACGCUGCCAACAACAAGUUCUCAGAGCCUGUGCCUGACGAGUUGGUCGAGCUUCUAACCAAAGACUGGGAUAAUCUCCGCCCAGAUCUCAAGAGGAGCCUUUCUGCCUUCAAGAGUCGGGCUGCCGAUACUAAGAACUCUGACUGGGAGGCAGUCUUUGGAAAGAGCCCACAGACAGACGAGCUAUUCAUGGCUUACCACUAUGCCAAGUACUUGAACCACGUCACCGGCAUUGGCAAGGCGGUGUACUCCAUUCCUUACUACACCAAUGUCUGGCUCAACUACGCCGGGGAGGACUCGGACAACGACUUUCCAGUAAUCGUCGGCGGUGGCGGAGCACCUGGUGAAUAUCCCUCCGGAGGAGGCACGAGCAACGUCCUCGACAUCUGGCAGACAUUCGCCCCAAACCUCGACUUUAUUGCACCAGACUGUUACUUGACCGACUAUAACUCGACUUGUGCCAAGUACCGUCACCGAAAUCAACCACUCUUCAUCCCUGAGCAGCGGCGAGACGACUACGGCGUUAGAAGAAUCUGGAUCGCGUACGGCUCAUAUGCAGCUAUGGGCGUCUCGCCAUUCGGUAUCGACACUCUCGAGGGAGAGGAAGUUACAGCAUGGACGAAGCACUAUGGCUUACUCAAGUCUGUUUCUGCUGUCCUGCUUGAGUCGCAGCGCCGAGGUGAAGACUCGGUGGGCUUUUGCUUUGACGAGCUGAACGAAGAUGGGUCUGAUCCGAGCAAAGCCGUCAUCCGUCAAUGGGGAGGUUUUGAAAUCAUCAUCGAGAGAUGUUUCGUUUUUGGAAAACCUGGCACAGGCUCAGGCAUAGUCAUUCACAAGGGCAAUGGCAAGUUUCUGCUCAUCGGCAAGGGCUUCCAGGUCAGAGCGCGCUCGCUUAACCCAAAGGCAACUUUCACUGGGAUUUUGAAGUUUAACGAGAAGACGGUUUCUGACGAAGAGGUUGGAACAUUGAGAACGGUCAGGAUGCUGAAUGGUGAUGAGACAAGGGGUGGUAGCGUCGUCAUGAUGCCCAACGAGGAUCCUGACUAUGGAGGGUUCCCGAUUUGUGUCACCAUUCCGGCGAGGACUAUGAUUUCCGAAGUCGAGUUCUACGGAAUUGAGGAUUAG